AUGGCGAUUAUCCCAGCGAAAAAUGAAAGCAAAUCUAAACAACAUGCAGCUGGUGCGAGAUUCCGUCAGAGGAAAAUCUCGGUUAAACAGCCGUUAUCGAUAUAUAAACAGCGGGAUUUGCCUUCACUAGAUGCGUCUGAGUUGGAGCCGAGCCAGGUGCAUCAUCUCCAUUCGAACAAUAUAGGCCAGCCGCCGCGUGAUAUCCAUGCCGUGGAGACAGGAGUCGACAAGAAUGAAGAAGAGGAGGUGCAUUUGCAAAAGGUGAUCAAUGCGGCUCAGAAGGCGUUGUUGAGUCUGAGCUCGAACAAAUCUAGCGACGUCUAUAUCCCUACGCCCGAUGCGUCCAAAAUAUGGCCCGAUGCGAGCAAGUACUACCAGGACCAAAAAUUCAAGGAACCAGAGUCCUACAUCAAGUUCAGCGCCACGGUUGAAGACACCGUUGGUGUUGAAUACAACAUGGACGAGGAAGACGAGCAGUUUUUUGUGCAAGUGUUGCUGAAAUUUACCCCGACAACCAAGAAAAAGCUGGAGCAGAAUCUAGCCAAGUGCACCGAGUUGGAGUUUGAGACCAUUUGCGACCGACUAGAAAAGACAAUUGAAAGCCGGCAGCCGUUUCUCACGAUGGAUCCUUCCAACAUUCUUUCAUAUGAGGAAAUGCUCACUUAUAUCAUGGACCACUAUCAAAGCACCGUCAAGUCGAGCAACCCGUACCUGGAAACAAGCCUUGGCAACAUCGACUAUCUUUCGACUUCAACGUUGAAAGAGCGGCUAUCGAAGGAGAUUAACUACAACCCAUUUACAACCAUCUUUGACCGCGACCAAGAACACACGACUUUGGUGCGGCCAAUCUCCAAGUUGUUUGAGCUUUUUGGAAGCAUCGUUUACGAGCAUUGGAAAAAGAGAAAGAUUGCACGCAAGGGAAGAAGCAUACCGCCAACUUUGAGGUUUGAAGACCCAAAUGCCAAUGAAAAGGACAAUGACAACGAUCCCUAUAUUUGCUUUCGAAGAAGGGAGUUUAGACAGGUUCGAAAGACUCGAAGGGCCGACACCGUUGGCGCCGAGCGUCUUCGCAUGCUCCAAAAAUCCUUGCACCGCGCUCGAGAUAUAAUCAUGGGUGUAUGCGAACGAGAAAUUUUAAAUCUCGAUAAUUUGCAGGCAGAGGUUGAGAUUUUUAAGACUCGUUGCGAAGCAAAGAAGCUCAAGAGAGAAUUGGGAGUUAAAGGCGACGACUAUUUAUUUUUCCCACACAAGAAGCGGAAAAUCAUUAAACCAAAGGAGGACGAAGAAGAAAAGGAAAAACGCAAGGAAAAGAAGAAAUUGGAAGCGGAAGCCGCCGCCGCCGCAGCAGCAGCAACAGCAACAAGUGCCAGUGCCGCAGCAAAUGCCAAUGCAAAUCAACAAGUGCAACAUCUGCUGCAACAGCUGCAACAUCAACAACAACAACAACAACAACAACUACAACUGCUGCAAUUGCAAGGACAGCAAAGUCUGCAGCAAGAUGGCACAACAACCAACCAACCAUAUGUCAAACUACCAGCCGCAAAAGUGCCCGAUAUGGAUCUUGUCACUGUGUCGGUGGUUUUGAAGGAGAAAAACGAUACCAUCAAACGCGCAGUGUUUGAGAAGCUACGCACGCGGAAGGAGCAAGACAAGGGAUUUGUCAAUUUCACCGAUGAUCCUUAUGAGCCCAUUUUCGAUAUCUCGACAAACCACCACACCGAGGAGACCAGCCACAUUCCAUAUUCGUCGAUUGCUGCCACCAAUUUCUAUCAGUUCAACACCUCCAAUUACCUAGACGAUGCUUUGAGGACAUUUUUGAAAGACAACAAGCCUUUGCCCGGUGUGCGCACAUUUAGCGGCAAAAGCGGAGAGUUGAUUCCAACAAAGGCGUUUCCACACAUUCUGUCAAUCUUGCACGAGAAAAUGUCAAACAACAAGUACAAGUCCACGAGCUACAUUGCCAAGUUGUUGCAAAAUAUAGAGACCAACAACUAUGACAAUUACUCACACGGAUUUGUCAAGGAGAGCUUGCACGAGGCCCAAGUAGACGAAGAUGAGAAUGCCAAAUUGUCGGAGCCAGUAAUGCGACUACGCAAGAGAGCAGGGCGCGCAGGCAGAGUGUUUGUCGAUCGGAGAGGCCAACAGUCGCUGGAUGUUGUUGACGAAUUUCUCAACAUCAACGACGAAGGCGCCGCGCCAAACGUGUAUGACAGUAAUGUUGACGUUCUCAAGCGGUUGCGAUCCAACUGGAAGUUUGACAGCGACUAUUCCGACCACCAAAGGGGCUUGCAGGACCCGUUUGGUCUCGAUCCCUCGCGUCUCAAUAACAUCAGUGACGACACACAAGCCAUCCGUUUUGGGUCGAUGUUACUUUCGAAAUCCUACGGUUUAUUGAAGGAAUCAGUACAGCAAAAGCAGCAAUCCUAUCUCCAGCAACAGCGAAUGCGCCAGCUCCAACAACAACAACAACAGCAACAACAGCAACAACAGCAACAGCAACAACUUGCAAAUAGACAGAUACAACUGGCGGUAACGAGUCAAAACCAGAGCCAAGAGCCCACAAACCACCAGUCUUCCCCACCAUCGCAUGCACAGAAACGACUCAGCCCGAAUCAAAACAAGAACUCCCCUGGCUUGAUCAACAAUUCCUCCACCAAGCCACUAUCACCAACUCAAAACUCAUUAAAUAAACCAACCCCACCACCCAUCCAUUGA